AUGGCGGCCACACCCAGCACGAUGAAGGCCGUGGUCAUCGAAAAGACUGGCGGUACCGAGGUUCUUCAAUACAAAACCGAUGUGGCGGUGUCAGAGCCUAAGGAAGGAGAGGUUCUCAUCAAGAAUGAUUUCCUCGGAGUCAACUUCAUUGAUACAUAUUUCCGCUCCGGCCUCUACCCGGCCCCCGGGUUCCCUUACAUCCUUGGCCGCGAAGGUGCCGGUACCGUCGUCAAACUCGGCUCAGGUGCCGUCCAGAAUCUCCAGAUCGGCGACCAAGUGGUCUGGAUGGGUGAGCGUGGCUACGCUGAGUACACCGUGACACCUGCUGCAAAAGCGAUCAAGCUGCCUUCGUCCCUCAGCACUAAGGUUGCGGCGGCCGCAUUGCUACAAGGCCUAACAGCGCUGACAUUCAUCCGUGAAGCCCACGCCGUCAAGAAGGACGAUUGGGUUCUAGUACAUGCCGCCGCUGGUGGUACAGGACUCUGGCUCGUGCAGUUGCUCAAAGCUGUUGGUGCAAAGAUCAUUGGCACUGCGUCAACGGAAGAGAAAAUUGCCCUGGCCACCAAAGCCGGCGCCACGCAUAUGAUCAACUAUAGCAAGGAGGACGUCAAGAGCAAGGUCCUGGAGCUCACGAAUGGAGAAGGAUGCAUUGCCAUUUUCGAUGGAGUCGGGAAGGACACUUUCGAUCUCAGCUUGGAACUCGUCGCAAGAAAAGGAAGUCUGAUCUCUUUCGGCAACGCAUCCGGUGCAGUACCGCCAGUGACUAUUGCGCGACUAAGUGCGAAGAAUGCGCGGUUGAUGCGUCCCACACUUUUCGGAUACAUUGCUACUCGGGAGGAGUUCGAGCAAUACACAAACGAAUUACUAUCGUUCGUUGCGGAUGGCAAAAUCGACGUGCGCAUCCACGAAGUAUACCCCCUGAGCGAGGUGAAGCGCGCACAAGAAGAUUUGGAAGGACGCAAGACUACUGGCAAACUGCUACUGGACCCGUCGAAGUAACGAGGCUUAGUGGUCUCAACGCACUGAGUCGAUAGUCUGUGGCACGUUGCGUUUCACUAUUUUUCAUCCAGAAGAAGAGCGCCGUGCGCUACGCACGCUCUUUCUGAAACUUAUUCAUCUAUAUUCACGCCUCUAGAUAAAAACGAGUCAUCCCACCAAUUAUGUUUUCUUGUGCAUGGAUCCCGC